AUGGCAGCAGUGCAUGCAAGAUACCCUGGCGGGAUCUCAGUCCUCUGCUAUAGAGAUUGUGCGUACUGGAUGACACAAUCGAAGAUCAUCUUCGAUGUGUCCGUGGAGGUAAUGGCCCAGCAGAGGAUCAUGAGACAGUUCGGUUCUCGCCAGAUGGUCGAUCCUCCUCCACCGAUAGCACCUCUCCCUGCCUACGUCCACAAGAGGGGGAACGUAGACAUCAGCCAGCAUCAUGGAUCACGACCUCGCCUCACGCCGACGGCGACACCCAGACCACCACCUCCUGACCAGGCUGGAGGUUCGUCGUGGCAGCAGCAGCAGCACACUCCUUCCUUCGACGACUUUCAGUACUAUCAGCAGCAAGCUGCUUUCGACGAUUGGCAGCAGCAGCAGGCUCCUUUCAUGGGAGGAGCAGGAUACUCGCAGGGGUACACACAGCACACUGCAUCUAAUCCUUCAUGGGGAGCUAGUGAUCAGGACGCUGAGCACAUGGAGUAUUACAGCACGCAGCAGAACUAUGUCGGUAUGCAGACUCCUCCACCACAGCCCACACAGGAGACGCAGUACGACCCCGAGUCCGGGUCCUGGAUCCCUGCUCGCAAUGUCAGGGCCCCGGACAGGUUCGGUUGGACACCCCGUGUUACGCCACCCCCACGACAGCCCAGACUACGCCGUCCCCCUGGAUGAUGUAUCACCUAUGUAUGAGACAUUUAUGUAUGCAUUA